GAAUCACUCGAGGAAAUGAUUCGGUUCAGUAUGUUCACGUAGAAGAUUCGACUCUUUUGAACGAAUCGUUCGCGAAGGAAACAUCAGUAGAGCUCAGUGCCACAUCUUCCCUGAAUGAUAGAGCCGGAGUACCGAGGACUGGACCGAGCACAGGAGGAACUGUUUUUGUUCUGUUGACCCGGACUGUUUCACCUCCUUUCUCCGGAACAGUCGGACCGACCGGAACAUCUUCUCUCCGCCUCUUUCUGGACUUUUCCAGAGUGUUUUGGGCUGAGGUUCGGACGGGUCUCAGACUCGGCUCAGCUAACGGUUCAGUUAGAGUCUCGGAGUGGGCUUAAGGUGUGGACUUUGAUCCGGAAGUCUGGUGAAAAACCGUUACUAUACCUCAGGUAAGUCCACCUCAGUUUCUGACUUUAGUCCAAGUGUUUAACCCGAGAUCACUGAAAUGAGAAACACCAUCACCAUCACUAUCAGAUGGUUUUUACCUGAAAUAAUAAACCCAAGAAAAAGUCCUUGUCAUCAAAAUAGAUCAAAAUAGGACAAAACAUGAGAAAUUAAAGUCGUUUUAUUUAUUUUUAACAGUUUAAUGUCCAAAGGGAGGGAAAAAAGUGACAUAAGGGGACCAGAGAAAAAUACAACUAAAUAACUGAAAUUAGACAUUCAUCAAUAAAAAUCACUUAAAAUAUAUUUAAAUAUAUAAACUGUAAAGUUAUUUUCUUUUCCAUGUGAGUCUUCCCUGGUUCAGACUCAGGCUCCUCGGCACAAUAACAGGAGAGAGAACCAAAAUCUGUCAGAUUUGGAGUAAAAAUGAUUAAAGCUGACUCAAAUAUUUCUUAUCUCCAUCUGAAUUCACUUAAAAAUCACGACUUUGUGAUAGUUAUUCAUAACCACUGCACUAAAUAAAGAUAACAUGUAAACUCCAGGACCACUCUGACUGACCUUAUUCUCUACAUGCAGCUAAAAAACCACCCAAACCUACUUUACCCUCCAUCACUAAAGUCUAGAGUCUGUAGGAAAAAGCAGGUUUAGGAUCAGAGAGACAAAUCUGUCUUCAAAGAUGUCAAAGGAAACACUGAAGAUACUCAGAGACCCAUGAUACUCAGACAAACACAACAUCAGGAACAUCACCUAAAAACAGGUUUAAGAGGGUUAAAAUCACCCGGAGAUCGUCUUCUAGGGUUAAUGUGAAGCUUCAGGGUCCCUGACCUCUGACCCCAAUCACACUUUAAGUCAUCCUCUAUAACUACCUUAGUCAGCUAAAAGACUGUUAAAUGAUCUUUAAUCGGAAUAAAACAGUGUGAUCUACUAACAAAUGUACAUUAAACCUAACAAUGACAGAGCGGGACAAUUCUCCACCUGCUCAGUGAACUCUGUCUGUUAAACUCAUUACUCAGAAAUAGUUUAGUGAUCGUCUGAGCACGCUCCUGUUUACUCUCAGCUCUGUCCAAAAACAAGGUCUGAAUUCACAAACUUUAACCUUCAGCACAUUUUUAAUUAUUAAAGCUUAUAAGACAAAGAUCUAAACCUGCUAAAUGAAUCUGAAGAUCAUUGGAGGAACUGCUGCAGCUUCUAUUAAAACUCACAUGACCUACAAACUCCAGCAACACGUGACGAUUCAAGAACUAGAUCAUAAUACAUCCUUUACAAACAAACCGCUUUCAUCAGAACUGUGCUUUGUGGAUGUUUACUAAAACAGUUAUGAGAUAUAUAUAGAUAUAGAUAUAGAUAAAUAUAUAGAUAUAUAGAUAGAUAGAUAGAUAGAUAUUUAGAUAGAUGGGGUGUCUGUAUGGCGCAGUAGGUAAAAAGCAGAUAAAAUGGAGUGAAGAGCGGUCUGCGUCGUCGUCAGGUUAUGAGAGCGGCGGUCUUUAUCAGACUGCAAACACAUGAAGCAAAAGCAAACAGCGUAAAUGUUCCUUUUCCUCCAGAGUCUUUAUAUAUCCUCUGCCCUGUACCUGCCCUGGAUUGAUAGCUGCGCCGCCUCCCUCGCACAAGUCGUAGCACUACUAUCCUGUUGCCUUGACGACUGGUGUGUCAGGGGACCUCAUCCUGAUCCUCUGCACGGUUUUCUCUGACACUUGAUCAGGAGGACUGCUACAGAGCAGAGCUGCUCCUCCUGACUCUGCCGACCCCUCACCCACCUGAUGCCUCGUGUCUUAGUUACCUGUCGGAGCCCACUCACGGUCCUUCAGGCUGGGGGGGCUGCAGGGCUCUGGGAAGUCUGCUUUCUGUCUCUGCUCUGAACCGGAUCAGUUUGUCUGAUUUACAUUCCAUUCAAAAGUGGAACAAAAUAAAUGUUUCCUGUGUCUCAGAGCUCAGUGGGGGAAAAGUCGUUUCUAUUUGUGGAUCAAAAAUCAAACACAGAUUUAUUCCAGAGGGAACAACGACAACAGAGAGACGACGGAGGCGCUGUGAUCCGCUCUCUGUGAAUGAAAGGGUCAGUGAGAGACGGACUGAUCUUUGGUCAGUCUGGACUGGACUUUAUUGAGGUCCAGUUCCACCCAUCAAUGUCCCAUCUUUACCACCAACCAAUCAGAAUCAAGGGGCGGGGCUUCGGAUGUCAACUUUUGCUGUUUUUUUAUUACACAGUUUUCACACGACUCACCACGACUUCACUCAACUCAGUUUGGGUGGUUUUCCUCCCCAGUUGAAUACAGAUGACGACCCCAGAGUGGGUGGAGUCAUCAUCACGAGGCGGCGUCCGAACCCAACCCAACAAUGGAGGACGCUGAGGUGAUGGUGAACCUCACAGACGUAAUAACGACGCACAGUCUCUGCUCUCAGGCUAGAAAAAUGGCGGGUUUGAUUAUUGUGGAGGAGGAGCUCCAAUGACUCAUCCAGCAACGUCCCUCCCCGGCCAAUCAUUAGCCUUAACCCCCAAUUUUUACCACAUCUGGAACGGCUCUGAUCCAGAACGGCGCCGAUGUUCGCCGUCCGCAAAUUCCUACCGGAUCCAUUUGUGAGGCGAAUUUUCUGGCGGUUUCAUGUUCAGUCACAAGAUAACAAGUUGUCUCUCUAAAGACAGACACAUAGACAUAUAAGCAGUAGAUUGUGUCCUUCCAGAGGAGGAAAUCUACUUCUAGACUUCUAGAAUCAGCAUCUCCUCAGGAUGAGGUGGAAAUUGGUGGUAACUCUCUUUUGGAAAGGACAGCUGGACUUACUUAAGAAUUGGAAAUCAUAGAUGCUGCAUCCUCAGUUUUAGACGAUAUCUCCAGGUUUACGAGCAACAUCUGCGUCCAUCCAGACAAAGAUGUUUUCAGGAAAGACCUUCAGAUGAUCCCAAACCAGAUUCUGACAACAGUUGAAAUGUGGAAUAUAGAACUCUUGUGAUCAGCUGAGAAGUCCAGCGAUCCUCAGAGGAACGGAAAGAAGUCGGUGUAAAUUGACACGUUAACUUGAAUGGUUACGAUCAGCUACGAUCGGAGGAUACGACCUUUUAGGAGACGAUCAGGAUGAAGGUGGAGUAGGUACUAGAAAAGUACCCGGUCCUGGGCCCUACCACCUAACAGAAACCCCUAAAACCGUGCAGAGUCCAGUGGAGUGACAAAAAAAGACCUGAAGGUGGAGUCUGUCUGCUGAAGCACCUGCAGACCUGCUGCCUCAGGUAUCUCCAACCUUCUCUUCAACCUUCUUUGGUGUUUGAGCGACUGAGAGAAGAAGGAAACGUUUUUGUGUCAUGGCGAAGUAUCAGCCAGGAAACAUGGCGGCUGCAAACAGCAGUGAACCCAGGGAGGUCAGAGGUCAACAGAGCCUCCACAGAAGCUCUUUGUGGGGUUGGAGGGGGGGGGUGCUGCCUGGAGCCUGUGUGAAAUAGUCCAAUUAGUGAGUGAACCUUCUGGACAAAGUGGACCUCAGAGAACUUUGGGGGUCGGGUUCAGAGGCUGUUUCUGUGUCAUCGAGGGAAACGCUGAUGAGAAUCUGAAUCAAACUCUGAGUGUGUUUGAGCUUCUCCUCCACGUUCAGACAGGAAGAUGGCGAUACUGCAGAGGUUAUUUUUGACCACUUUUUCCACUGCGAGAAGCAGCGAUGAAAAAAAGAGUUUCCCAGAGUUCAGCUGUGAAAACUCGCAAAAUUCCUGUGACCACGUCUCAAACGCUCACAGAGGAAUAACCGGCGGUCCAAACUGCCACUCCUCCGAUCUGGUUCUGUUUUUUUAAUAAGCAUGUUGAAAAGUUUAGAAGAAUCUGGACUGUGUGCCAAAGCCUCUGAAAAUGUCUGACUGCUGUCCUUCUCCUCUCAGAUUAAGAAAAUAGAUUUUGUCUAAAGAGUGUCUAAAACAUCCUGGCAGCAGUUUCCCUUCAGCCGUGAAUAUUCAGGGUUGUUUUUUAUGUGGCUUUGUGUGCUUAAGGGGAAUAAAUAGCAACGCCCAUAUUUAUGUCUGCUUCAGCUCAGCCUGCACACUGAGCUGUCCUGGAAAAGUCCAUGUGACCCAGCCAGCGCUGAGGAGCUGCUGCUGCUGUUUCCUCAUCCUGUUGUAUGUGAGAGCGGAAGGACAACGGUCAGGCCUGCAGGGCGCCGCCGCCGCCGCCGACUCAUUUAAACCGCCGCCCUGUUAAAACAGAGAGGUUUAAUACUGUCAGUGUGACACUCAGAGGUCUCCUGUCUUUAGAGUUCAGCUCUUUAUUUCACGUCUUUUUCAGAUGAGCGUCGUAUUUUUAGCUCCAGGUAAACCCAGUUAGUCAUCUUAAUGGUCCGGUCUAUCCAACACUUAUCUCCAAACCCAAAAUAUCUCCACCGUCUCUCUGAUGGAUGAACCUGACACUUUCAGAGGUCUGUGGGGCUCAGACGAGGAUCUCUGAUGAUCUCCAUGAAUCUCUGGUGUUUAACAGAGUCGUUCAUAUCUAUAUAAUGUCACCAUAUCAUCUCUUUAUUGAGUUUAUUCACUGGUUUUAUUAUUUUUAGAGUAUUUUCCCAAGUGUUCCUGUUCCUCUGUAGUCCAGUCUUGUGAGUUUUCAGUUCGACCCUGUUUCCCUCCUGUUCUCAGUGUUUUAUUCUUUAGAUCAGUUUUCAGUGUUUCCUGUUUUAUUUUGUAGGAGUUGAUUUCUUGUUUAUUUCCUGUUUUAUUUUGUUGGAGUUGAUUUUUUGUUUAUUUCCUGUUUUAUUUUGUAGGAGUUGAUUUCUUGUUUAUUUCCUGUUUUAUUUUGUUGGAGUUGAUUUUUUGUUUAUUUCCUGUUUUAUUUUGUAGGAGUUGAUUUCUUGUUUAUUUCCUGUUUUAUUUUGUUGGAGUUGAUUCCUUGUUUAUUUCCUGUUUUAUUUUGUAGGAGUUGAUUUCUUGUUUAUUUCCUGUUUUAUUUUGUAGGAGUUGAUUUUUUGUUUAUUUCCUGUUUUAUUUUGUAGGAGUUGAUUCCUUGUUUAUUUCCUGUUUUAUUUUGUAGGAGUUGAUUUUUUGUUUAUUUCCUGUUUUAUUUUGUAGGAGUUGAUUCCUUGUUUAUUUCCUGUUUUAUUUUGUAGGAGUUGAUUCCUUGUUUAUUUCCUGUUUUAUUUUGUAGGAGUUGAUUUUUUGUUUAUUUCCUGUUUUAGUUUGUAGGAGUUGAUUCCUUGUUUAUUUCCUGUUUUAUUUUGUAGGAGUUGAUUUUUUGUUUAUUUCCUGUUUUAUUUUGUAGGAGUUGAUUCCUUGUUUAUUUCCUGUUUUAUUUUGUAGGAGUUGAUUUUUUGUUUAUUUCCUGUUUUAUUUUGUAGGAGUUGAUUCCUUGUUUAUUUCCUGUUUUAUUUUGGAGGAGUCGAUUUCUUGUUUAUUUCCUGUUUUAUUUUGUAGGAGUUGAUUUCUUGUUUAUUUCCUGUUUUAUUUGUAGGAGUUGAUUUUUUGUUUAUUUCCUGUUUUAUGUUGUAGGAGUUGAUUCCUUUGUUCACUCAUCAGUCUCACCUGUGUCUCAUUUACCUGUGUGUGUUUAUAGUCCCUGUCUUCCUUUCUGUUCUUGUUGGUUCUUUGUGUGUUUGUGUGUCGAUGUGUAUGUCUGUCUGUGUGUUGUUGUCUGUGUGUGUUGAUGUGUGUGUAUUUUUGUGUCCCCACUUUGAUUCUUUGUGUUUUUUUUCCCUUUUUAAUCUUUUUUUUUGAACAUUUUGAAGUCUGAGUCGGACUUUUCCUUUUUGCUUUAACCCGAUCCCUUGUUGUGACACAGACUUCAUUAACGCUGACCCCGGUUUCUUCUCUUACAUCCUCGUCCUCCAACAAAAAUGAACCCUCCAAAAUAAAACACAGCUCCCUAAUAUUGUUCCACUGGUCUGAGUGGGCGGAUGAAUCUCUGUGAGAUUUACUCAGACUGUCAACGGCUCACAAACCUUAGAAAUCAGAGUCCAUGAACCACCAGCAGCCCAAGUAACUAAUCAUCAUUUAUAUCCAACAGCCAAUCAGAUUUGAGGAUUCUGGGGUAGGCACCCCUGGGCCCCCCCUCCGCAGACACGGCCCUGCGAAGGGUCUGAAAGGCUUCAGCUCUGUGUGUGAAGGAGUGAAAACAGGCUGAUCUGAGAUGAUUGAUGCUCCUCCCCUCUGGAGGUGACAUGAGUCGGUUUCUGCUCCACCAACCUGCUCGCCGCCGCCACCACCUCCGCCACCGCCGCCACCACCGCUCAUGAGGAAAUUACAGUAGAAGAAAAACCCUCGUCUAGAUUUUAUUUGUCCUCCGCCAGAUCCAAUCAUCCUGGAGAGAUGGGGUCUCAGUGAUUGGGGGGGGGGGGGUCAUUAAAGGUGGAGCGAUGAGUGGCGGAAGAGGAGGAGGAGGAUGAGGAGGAGGAGGAGUCUUAUUCAGAGGUCAUUAUGGAAAGGCGCUCUUUCUCUCUCUCUCUCUCUCUCUCGCUCUCGUGUUGUAGAGCUGAGAAUAAUUUCUCUUCCUAUGUGUCAUACUCUUUCCAUUCUUUCUUCCUCUCGCCCCCGCUCGUGCUUUUUUCUGCUCCUCCCACACACACACACACACACACACACACUUUACUAGAUCCAUGUUGUAAAAAGACUGGCUCAGGUUUCACACACUCAAAACCACAGAGCAGCAGUCUCACCAUCCGCCUGUCAACAUUUUUCCUUUUUUUUCUUUAUUUAUCUCGAACAAAAUAAAACACCUGUACGUCAAACAACUGUACAUGUCAAAGAUAAAUUUACACAACAUACGUUUGUCAAAAAUAAACAGUUUGAGAAGAAAUAGAAUAAAGCGAAGAGAUGAUCUCGUCCGGCCAAUAGACUGUUUUUACUCUGGACAACUUGGUUCCUCCUUCCUCCAGUUUACAGACUUGAAGCUGAAAAGUUCUCAGUAAUUCCACAUUUUUUCUCCACUUCCUGAAACCAACAUUGCGCCGUAGCGUUGUUCGCGUUCGGCAGGAGAGUCGCUGUGAUGACGCUCGGCUCAAACAGCGUAUCCCCCUACAGCUACACAAUCUCUGUCCUCCCAUAGGCUGUAUCAGGUGUCAAUCAUAGAAAACAUGAACCCCCGGACUGUUCCAGUUUGUUUCCAAAAGUCCAAAAUUUUCUCAAACGUUCCGGAAUGUUAUUGAUCUUUUAGAAUGUCUUUGAUGUUAUAGAAUGUUAUUGAUCUUUUAGAAUGUCUUUGAUGUUAUAGAAUGUUCUUGAUCUUUUAGAAUGUCUUUGAUGUUCCAGAAUGUUAUUGAUCUUUUAGAAUGUCUUUGAUGUUCCAGAAUGAUAUUCUAGAAUGUUCUACAUCCUCCAGAGCCUCACCACCAUAGACUGUAUUUACUCUGGACAACUCUGUCCCACCUUCUGCCAGUUUACUGAUUUGAAGCUGAAGUUCAGCGUUUUUUUCUCCGUUUCCUGACACCAACGUUGUACACUUUCCUCCUGCUCUCUUCAUCAGCACGCUGUAUUCUCUGAGCGUCCCGUCUAAUACCUGCUGCUGCUCCUGGUUCUGUCCUGUAUACUUCCUCAUUUCCUGCUGGUGUGAAUGAAGAGAGCGUUACCACGGAAACAGAUAGUAGAUAAACCAGAGACAGUAAAGGUGAAGAGGCCCAGGAGGACAAACGAUUCAGGGUCCUCGUUUGGUACUUCUGAACCCUCAGUCAGAAUAUUCAUCUCCACAUGAAACCAGAUCAGACCACAAAUCUGGGAAGAAAUUAAGAUCUAGAUUAUAUCAAAGUUUUCAAGACUCCUGGAAUUCCAACAUCCUAUUACGUCACAUUAACUGUGGAGGAUGUGUGGUUCAGAUUUAGCUAACAUUAACAUUUAUUUUGGGUUUGCCCGAAACUUUUGAUAUUCAUGAUUGUCUGGAUACAUAUUUUAAAUUACUUUACAGUUUAGUGUCAGUUUAAUGUAUUUCAGUACCAUGUCAUCACGUACUCAAGUGAAAGCAGAAAAAUAUCUAAUGAAGAUUUUACUGACCAGAGCAGAGAGGACGAAAACAAGGAAGUGGUUCCAACCCAACUCACCGACACUGAAGACCGGCGAGGAACUGUUCAGGAAACUGACCUGAUGGAGAGACGGACAUUCGCUCAGAGACGACAGUCGGAGACACGGAGAGCUGAACUGCUCUAAAUACCUCUAAAUACCUCUGAUACAUGAAGUACCAGAAUAUUAAAGUUCUCAGACAACUGAGAACUGAUAUUAGUAGAUCUGAGGAAAAUGAGGAAAUGUGACAUCUACUGUUCAAAUGUUCUUAAUUUACAUAUUAUAAAAUAUAAGGGAGGGUAACAGACUGGAGAAGAUGUUGGUCUGAUUGGACAUGUUUGUUUGUUUGUUUGUUUGUUUGUUUGUUUGUUUGUUUGUUUGUUUGUUUGUUUGUUUGACACAAAUGUGUUAUUGUGAUUUUGUUUGUUUCUCCCUGAUAAAAAAUAAAAUAAAAUAAACGAAACCGGACCAGACCAGCGUCCGGCCUUCUCACUAACAACAGCCCCAGUAAGCCUGACCCCUGACCCUUGACCCCUGGGAGAGGGCUUUACUGUAAAACACCAAGCUUCAGGGCACCGGUCCCUCCACCGUGGGGGAGAGGUCGAUAAAUCAAUACUGGGCCUGAGGACACACAAUCUAUACACACACACACACAGACAGACAGAACCUGAGGAUUCUGGGUAAUCCUUCUGUUGUUGUUCCUGAGUCUGGUUCCUGGGGUGGUCUGGUUGGUUCUGUGGCGGUGGCGUUGUGAGGAGCGUCCUCCUCCUCUCCACCAUGAUAACAUUAAGAUAUUAACGAAGGUUCUUGUUGUUGUUGGUCUCCUGCAGGAGCAGACGGAGCAGACAGGAAAAGACACGAGGCCCAGGAUCUGCUCACCUGAGAGAGGUGCAUCAUGGGAAAACAGAACAGCAAGCUCCGGCCUGAGGUCCUGAACGACCUGAGAGAAAACACCGAGUUCACCGACCACGAGCUGCAGGAGUGGUACCGCGGUUUCCUGAAGGACUGUCCCACAGGUCACCUGACCGUGGAGGAGUUUAAGAAGAUCUACGCCAACUUCUUCCCCUACGGCGACGCCUCCAAGUUCGCCGAGCACGUCUUCCGCACGUUUGACACUAACGGAGACGCCACCAUCGACUUCAGGGAGUUCAUCAUCGCCCUGAGCGUGACGUCCCGCGGUGGGCUGGAGCAGAAGUUGCGCUGGGCCUUCAGUAUGUACGACCUGGACGGGAACGGGUACAUCAGCCGAGCGGAGAUGCUGGAGAUCGUCCAGGUGAGUGAGGCUCCUGAUCUUCUCUGAGGGGGGGGACCUUCUGUGUUUGACAAAGACCUGAGGAGGUGAUCUGUGACCUUCUGACCUCAGACUGUGGCUGAUUGUUGGAGGUUUACGGACCCGGGUUUUAAACCUGGACCCAGACUCAGCUCUGACCUCGUGGCUCAGAAGCUCCUUCUGUAGACUCACCCCCAGUUUCCACCGGAUCCGGAACGGCGGCGAUUUUAGCCGUCCGCCAAUUCCUACCAGAUCUGCUUGUGAGGUGAAUUUCGUGGUGGAUCACAGACAGCUGUAAUCACAAGAACUCACAAGAACCCGCAGAUUCACGUUCAAUCUCAUGAUAACGAGUUGUCUCUCUAAAGACAGACACAUAGACAUAUAAGCAGUAGAUUGUGUCCUUCCAGAGGAGGAAAUCUACUUCUAGACUUCUAGAAUCAGCAUCUCCUCAUCCAUGGUGUCAUCGGGGUGAAAUGACGUCUAAAAACCUUUCACUUGUUCGUCUCCGCCCGUUUGCAUGGUGUGAAAUACGAUCCUCCUGAAACUCCUCCUACUCCAGUUCUUCUGUCUGUUUAUUAAACUAAUUCAUAUAAGUGUCUCUUAUAUUGAUUUGGGGAAGAAUCAGUCUCCUGAUCCGACCCAGAGUCCAAAUCCUCAUGUGACCGUCUCCUCAGACAGACAGACCUCCUGUCCUCACACUGAGGACUGUGGGACAGAAUUAACAAAGAUCUAAAUAAUCCAUCAAAGAUGAAGAUCUUCAUAAAAACUGAACAUGCAGCAGGUCUGGACUGUCAGGACCUCCUCCCCUCACAUGGUGGACAUGGUCCGUCCCCCUUUCUCCGUCUCCUUAUCACUCCGGCUUUAUUUACUUUUCCAAUACAGUGAGCUGAUCCUGCAGGAGCGUAUCAAUAUUGGCUCAGGCUGCAGUGUUUGUGGAUACCAACCAAUGUCUGUGCCCACCUCACACACACACACACACACACACACACACACAGGUUUAAUUAAAGCAGAUACACCCCGGUCUGUGAGGAUGAUGAUGAUGAUGAGGAGGCGUGGGCAGAAAAGAGGUCAGAGCAGGAACAAAGACCGCUCACCUGUAUGUCCUCCUAACACCUCCUUCUGUCCCUGUACAGGCCAUCUACAAGAUGGUUUCAUCAGUGAUGAAGAUGCCCGAGGAUGAGUCCACCCCAGAGAAAAGGACGGACAAGAUCUUCAGACAGAUGGACAUCGACAAUGACGGUAAGACGCCGACAGCCCCUCUGAGAGGAGUCUGAGUCCUGGAUCCUAACCCAGCAGCUGUACUGAAUUUAAAGAGAGACUUUUUACAUGAAACAAGAUUCUGACCCACAUAAGAUCCAAACUGGACCCUCUGCAGGACUCUGCAGGACCUGCGUUAGUCCACAGAGCCGACAGCAGAUCAUCUUUUCAAAACAGGUCAAAUCCUCUAAGAUAAGAUUUUAACAAAAGUGGGCAGAUAAGAUCGAUCCAACAACGUUAUAGAAAAAACAGAUUUAAUGUUAAUGAUGUUCCACUUUGACCAGAAUACUGAUGUUUAUAUAAAGGAGGCGGGGCUUAUGGUCUACACUAAAGCCGCCCAGCAGGGGGAGCUCUGAAUCUCAGCAGUUCAUUCAGUUGACUUCCUUAGACAGGGUGUGGUUAUAAGUUACAUUAUCAUCUGUGUGUAUGACCUGUGAGCGCCUCCUAGUGUUCAGUAGAGGUACGAGUCCGUCUGGGUCUCAGGCGGGUCAGACUUCACUGAACAGCUGUGAUCUGUGAAAUCCCACGAAGAAGAAAAACUGAGGCACACGAUCAGAGAAGUGUUUUACCGUCUCUGUCAUGACGUCCCGCUGAGCGGGUCAGGAAGAAACACAGACGAGUGUAGCAGAGAGAGAGAACUGGGUCACAGAACCACAUGACUCACAGCAUCAUUAACGGGCUUCUGCAUCUGAGCCUGCUGAGCCAACCCGACACCAGCGCUCUGACAUUUACCGGGAAAAGGUGACACGACAUGCAUGUAACAUGGACUGACGCAUUUCCUGUCUCACCCGGACACGCCAGGAGUCAGGAGUCCAAUAUCGAGAGCAGCGGGCCCAGGCUGGUUCUGAAAGAGGACGUGUUUAUAGCCCGGUUUAGGUCCAGAUAUCAUACCUAACUGCACUGACUGGUCCUCUAAACUCACCGGUCUUUGUCAGAACCGGUCCAGACCGUGUGUUCUGGAAAGAAUCGGGUCACAGGAAACAUUAAUCAUUAAUCGGACCUUAAACCGGUUCUGUUUGUGUUUCAGAUGUUAGAUUCAGUUUUCAUUUGAAAAAAAGGACCAAAAACAAUCACAGCUGUUUCCUGUUCCCUCUGAUGUUGUUACCAUGGUGACAGUGUAACAGCCCCCCCUGCUGGUUGUGUCCUGACUUUCUCCUGAAUGUGGAUCUUGAUGUGACAGAUUUCAGGGUCAGAUUCUGCAGCUUCUCUUUGGGCGUCAGUGAUUGGUUGAUUCGUCUCUCACCCUCCUUCACACACGCCCACUUCCUUUGACCUUUUUUGGGUCUCUGCUCCACAGGUAGAUUGUCUUUGGAGGAGUUCAUCAAAGGUGCCAAGAGCGACCCGUCCAUCGUCAGACUCCUGCAGUCGGAUCAGGGAGCCUCCCGCCAGUUCUGAGAACAGAGACUAUGACAGGCCCCGCCCACCUUCAGAGGCUCACCUGUCCACACACCCACCUGGACAGACGGUCCUUUAGUUCUAUCGUCACUCCUGAACGUCUGAAUGUUUACAUUAAUGGAGAUCCUCCUCAGUAUUGCUCCCUGCUCCCUGUGGACUCUGACGUGCUCCUGGUUCAGGUCUUUCUGUUCCUCCUUUAAGUGAAGUGCCAUCCGUGUGUUUCUGCUGACUGGAUCAAGUAUUACAGUUAAACUACAGUUACACUACAGUUACACUACAGCAUGAGUACAUCCAUGGUGACCGUGUUGUUGUUGUUGUUGAAAGCUGCAGCUGUUAGCCUCUGUUAGUGCAUGUGCUGAUCAGUGAUCCGCAGAGAUUUGAAAUAUUUUAAAUAUUUCAGAAAUUUUUAAUAUUUGAAAUAUUUUAGAUAUUUUAAAUUUUUCAAAUAGUUCAGAUAUCUAAAAUAUUACAAACAUUUUAAAUAUUUAAAGAAUUACAGAUAUUUGAAAUAUUUUUAAUAUUUCAGAUAUUUGAAAUGUUUCAGAUAUUUGAAAUGUUGCAGAUAUUUUAUAUACUUUAAAUAUUUCAGAUAUUUUUAAAUAUCUGAGAUGUUUCAGAUAUUUUAAGUAUUUCAAAUAUUUUAAAUAUUUCAAAUAUGUCUGUUAUUUUAACUAUUUCAGAUAUCUUAAAUAUUUAAAAUAUGUCAGUUAUUUUAACAAUUUCAAAUAUUUCAGCUAUCUUAACUAUUUAAAAUGUGUCAGUUAUUUUAAGUAUUUCAAAUAUCUUAAAUAUUUAAAAUAUGUCAGUUAUUUUAAGUAUUUCAAAUAUUUCAGAUAUCUUAACUAUUUAAAAUAUGUCAGUUAUUUUAAGUAUUUCAAAUAUUUCAGAUACUUGAAAUAUUUAAAAUGUGUUAUUUUAAGUAUUUCAAAUAUCUUAAAUAUUUAAAAUAUGUCACUUAUUUUAAGUAUUUCAAAUAUCUUAAAUAUUUAAAAUAUGUCAGUUAUUUUAAGUAUUUCAAAUAUCUGAAAUAUUUAAAAUAUGUCAGUUAUUUUAAGUAUUUCAAAUAUUCCAGAUACUUAAAUUUUUUCAGACAUUUGAAAUAUUUAAGAUAUUUUUAAUAUUUCAGAUUUCUUAAAUAUUAUAGAUAUCUUACAUAUUUCAGAUUUUUCAUAUACUUUAAAUAUUUCCAACUGUUUCAGAUAUUUUAAUUUUUGAGAUAAAAGAUAUUUGAGAUAUUUCAGUUUUUCGAGAAUCAGGGGGCAGAAGGUGAUUUUGUUUUUAUUCCUUUUUAUUUUUGUAACAAAAAUGUCGUUUUCUUUUCACACAAUUGAAAUAAAGUCGUGUAAGAAAAAUCUA